AUGCAGUUGGUCCAACUUCUUGUGCUGAUUCUUAUGAUUGUUCAGAACCUCGCAUUCUCACUAGACGGCCUCGAUGCCUGCAAAAACGCUCCACUUGAAGACUCGUCGGACUUCAGUUUUGUUACUGAAAUGUCGUGGUUUGGAAUUCUGCUUGGUGUGUUGAUCAUCUUUUUUUCAUUUGUCUGUCUCUUCCCGCAAAUCUACAAAAUUUUGCGGCUGAGGGACGGCAACGGGUUGUCACCAUCAUUUCUUCUUAUUUUGUCCUUCAAUCAAAUAUUCGCAGUGAUCAACGCAACGAUCACAAAUUUUCCAACAGUCCACAGCUGUUUUGUGAUUGGGUUUAAAUUGUGUUUGCCGCAACUUCUAUCGUUCUUUCAAAUUGUGGAACUGUUGUUGUUGUGCUACCCAAUUUUCUUUUUGUUCCUUGUUUUUUACAAAGACAAGAAGUCGAAGAACUUCAAACGGUCGCUGAUCUAUUUCGUCUCGGCGUGCUUCUUUUUGAUUUUUUCAAUUGGAAUCAUAGCAGGCUGUUUACUGAUUUGGGGUGAAUGCGACAAGAUCACAUAUUACGUUGGGCUUUCAUUUGGUAUUGGAUCAACCCUCACGACUUUGGUCGAGUACUUUCCACAAAUUUGGUUGACGUUCAGGACGAAAGAGUGUGGAUCAAUGUCAUUCACUACAAAUUGGGUAACCACUGUAGGAACGGCGGUCAUCACAUUUUACAUGAUAUUUGGAACAAAACAGCACUUCACCACGUUGAUGAGUUAUGUCAUGAGUUUGCUCCAACAUAUUGUGUUGUGCUUUUUGCAAUUAAAGUAUGAUUACAUUGACAAGUGCUCCGCUAAUAAAGCGAAUAAGUACGUGAAGACGAAGAUCAACACAAUGAGGAGUUGGGUUGGGUUGGCUCCUUUGCCGUAUGAAGACUUUAAAGAGCUUCCUCGAGACGAAAUGAAAGACGGAGAAAAAAGUGUUGACAGCGAAUCGAAAGACAAAAUCUCUCCUGCCAGCCUGCAGGAGGAGCUCGUUGAGAGCAAGACUGAGUCCCUGCAUGAUGAUGAUUCUGUACUUAAGUACGAUGAUGAAAUAGAACUCUAA